GCUGUAACGUAGUGAACGGAGAGGGGGGGGGUUCACGCUCAACUUCUUGGUAGAUGACACCUGGGAAAUCCUUGAUCGCAUUGUAGAGGGUCAGUCAUUAGCAGAGCUCUGAAAAGGAGACUUCUGAGCAAGUAGUACCCCAUGACAUGGAUUAGUGAGGAGAAAACCCUAACUUGCUUGUCUGGUGGAAAAGAAAGGGAUUUCGUGAGAACGCAUGCAGAGAUUGAGCGUGUGGAUUACAUACAAAGUCGGUGUUGGUUUCGCUGUAUCUCUGGGGAAGAUAUUUGAGAAGUGUAUUUUCAGGAGACAUGGACUGCCUCGCUUCCGCAACAAAGUUCAGCUUGAAAUGGAUUGAUUCACAAUUUGCCUGAGGUCCCAAAAGUUUGUAUUAGUCGCGCUGGAUGUACCGAUUUUUAAAUCCUCCUUGCUUACAGAAAAAAAGAAAAGGGGGGGAAAAAGCUCCGUUCGGGCAUUAAUUCACGUUAAGUAUCCUGUUUGUCUUUCAUUCAAAUUAAAACUGCUGAAAGUAUUGCGACGACUGGAGGAUACUUCUGGAAACUUUAAUCGCACGCUUGUGGAUGUAUUAAACUAAUCGCGGGAUUUCUGUCAAAUGACAUUAUUAAGGUUAUUUAUUUGGUUACAUUUAGGCGCAUCACCUCCUUUGAACAUACUUAUUUGUGAAGUUACUGACUUAAUCGGUGUAAAGGAACGAACCAAAAGGUUUUUGCUACGGAGCAUAUCUCUGGUGGUAGGAUGCAAGGCAUAGAAUUCCCGAUGGCCGUUGCUGUGGUUUUGACUCUUUUAACUGUUAUUCACGUUAAGGCAAGCGGAGAGUAUUGCCAUGGUUGGCAAGAUCCGCAAGGUGCCUGGCGAGAAGGUUUCCAGUGCCCGGAGCGCUUCGACAGUGCCGAGGCCAUCAUCUGUUGUGGAAAAUGCGAGCUCCGCUACUGUUGCUCUAGCACAGAAGCCCGGCUGGACCAGGGGACCUGCGAUAAUGACAAGCAAACUCAAGAACCUAACACUGGAAACAAGGACGGCAAAAAUACGGGAGCAGUGCCCAUCUAUGUGCCUUUCCUGAUCGUUGGCUCAGUCUUCGUGGCAUUUGUGUUGCUAGGCUCAGUGGUCGCCGUGUGCUGCUGCCACUGUCUCCGCCCCAAACAGGAACUGGCCUCUGGGGGCGGGUCAGGGUCUGGCUCUGGCAGUGGGCGUCUCCUGGAGUCCAUCCCCAUGAUGUCCAGUACGAGCACCUCGCGCGGCUCCUCCUCCCGCCAGUCCAGCACAGCCACCUCCUCCAACUCCUCGGCCCCGCCCACCGUCUCGCGGCCAGCCCCCGCCCCCGUGCUGCGGGCGCAGGCCUCCUGCUGCCUUCCCCCUGAUGCCAGCGUCUAUGUCAACAUGCCCACCAACUUCUCUGUGCUCAACUGUGCGCAGGCCACGCAGAUCCUGCCUCACCAGGGGCAGUUCCUCCACCCGCAGUACAUCGGCUAUGCCCACCCCGUCUCCCCAGCACCAGCCUUCCUGGACCCCACGCAAGGGGCCUACAGGCCCUUGCAGUCCCCCUUCCCCCCACCCACCAGUGUCGCCAGUGUCACCAGCCUGACCAAUGAGCAGAAGCAACCUCCUGUGACCGUGUGAGGACACACUGGGGCCUGCGUGCCACUCAGCCCACCCGUAAUAGGACCCUUGUUGUCAGGCGACGAGAGCGGGCUGUGCAGAGGGUCCAGGCCACGGAGGGGCAGAAUGAAAGUCGCAUGAAGGGGAUGUGCUAACAUGGGCUGCUUAGGUCCUGUUGUUGUGUGUCACGUGUGUAGCACAGGUCAAUUUGUGUGAGUGUGUGAGUGUGUGGGUGUGUGUGUGUGUGUGACUGUGUGUGUGUUCAGGGUUGAGGGCUGUCUUAGAAACCCUGGAACACUUAAUGCACUCAUGUGAUUAUACAACACAGUUCCAAUCAACUUGGACAGGGGGUAUUGCCAACAUAUGUUCAGCACAAAAUGAAUGUAAGCUAUGAUAAAGUUUGUGUAACAUUAUUUGCAAAGCACAUGUGUUCUCUGCAGUCAAGAGGAGUGGGUACCACCAUGUUGGUAAUGCCCUAUGAAUGUGUGAGACUGCAAAUGUUUGCUUUGUAUUAAAUGUAGCAUAUGUGUGGGUAUCCCUGCAGAGUGUGUUUGUGUAGCCUCCAUACAUGUUCCUUAGAAACGUGUGAGGAACUCGAAUGUGUGAGUAAUUUUGUGUGUUUGUGAGUGUUUCAGUGUAUGCGCUGUGCAGUACAUGUAGUGUGUAAUGGGAAUUACAGGUGCUGUAAUGUGAAAAGCAGUUCAGGCUCCCAGUUGGACACUUAAACUCUAAUGAAGUGAGCACAAGACACAGACUGUGACGCUCCACCCCCUGACCACUGCCCUGACCAGAAUACACACACGUGCGCACACACACACAAACACACACUCCCACACCCAUACCAAGGAGCUCACUCAAGAGGGAAGAUGGAAACACACUAAACAUACUCCUCACAGUGCCAAGGAACCCUCUUAACAGAAAUAUACAAAUGUAAAAGUAUGUGUGUGUCCUCAACAUAGCUAUGAUCGGCAGUCUUCAGAAGGCAGCCGAGUUAAUUAUGCAGUAAAAACUGUCUGCCAAGUGUUCCCCUUCACUAAGUCUCUCUCUUGUGAAAGAGGUGUGUGUGUCUUCGUGCCACUUUUUCUCUCAGUCUGUUAGCAUAAGGUACACAUAAGUAGUAGUACCAUAAUGUUCCAGAAUAUUUAAUCUGAAGUGGGCUUCUUUCAGCAGGUAGAGGACAGCGAAACACUACUGAGCAAAAACUCUCAAACUCUCAGUCUGUGGGAGAUGAAGCCUUGUAUAUUGUUGCCAAAACAUGCCCUUAAACUGUUACUUCCAGACUUUUACCUGGUGGGGAGCCACAGAAUACACUCCAAUUCCAUGAUGCAAGAAAACUGCUUUAGGAUGUGUUUCUGUUGUGCCACAUUGGAAGGACUUAAAGUAGAAGAGUGGAAGCCAGGUCAACAAAACCUUCAUCCUCCUCCCAACCCCCCACCCCAACGCCAGGCAAAACCAAAUGGAGACAACACAGGGCUGAAAAAAACAGUGAGCUGCAUUUUGGUUUCAACUAAGAAGGCCACACAGAGGCUGCCAUUGAGUCUAUGAAACAUUUCAUGUCACAAAACUGUGUCUGCGUCCAAUAAUGUCAGAGAGUCAAACAGAAUGGUUACUCUGAUUUAAAUGUGUGAAAACAGGGCCACCAUAUUUCAUCUUCAUAUGAAUUGUAUUAAUUUUUAAUAAAUAUUAAAGUGUG